GUUGUAGGUCGGGCCCGACUGCACCCGAGUCUCCUCCUCCUCCUCCCCGCUCACCUGCUUCCGACUCUCUGCUUCCGCACUCACCUGGAGUCGCGUCGUUCAAGGCAAAGAUCUCUCUGGUUCAGGGUGGGAAUGAGCCCGAGAGAGAGGAACCUGGAGCCCGGUCGGAACCCGCACCGACUCCCGGCCCUGUGGCUCUUCCCGCUGCUGUUACUUCCCGGUUUUGCUACUAUUGAAGUUUCUUUGAAACCAACUGUUCAAGGUUUCAUUGGAGAAGAUAUACAACUGAAUUGUAAGUUCAGAUCUUCCUCUCCCAUCACACAGCGUCUGACAGUGGACUGGUCUUUCCGACCAGCAAAAGGCGGAUCAACACAUGGUAUCCUGUACUACCACUCCGCGGUGUUCCCUGCCGCACAAGGCCCAUUGAAGGAUCGAGUCCUGUGGAACGGGAAUGUUAUGAACGGCAAUGCUUCCAUCGUCGUGAAGAAUCUGACACUGGUCGACAAUGGGACAUUCAGUUGUGUGGUGCAGAACCCGCCGGAUCUCAGCAGUUUUGUGCCGACUACUGAACUCACCGUCAUCAAGAGAGAGACCCCAUUCCGACUGAGUGUGGUGGUGGUGCUGAUGCUGUUGGUGGUCGUCCCCACUCUGCUGGUGGUCACCCUGCUCCUGGUGCGGACCGCCAAGAGAUUUGAUAUCUGCGGAUCUAACGGCAGCAAGUCACCGAUUGAGGUGUUGGAAGGAGACGGUGAUGCCUCUGAUGAUGGUUUGAGGAGCGGUUGUUGCAGGCGAUGUGUUGCUUGUUUGCAGGAUACCGACGAGGAAGAUGAGGAUUUCCAUCAGUUUUACCCCACGUCAGAGUCGGUUACAUAGCCUGAGGUGUUCCUUGUCUCAGUGGGUGUCCCCUGAUCAGUGUCAGGGAGAGAACCAUCUUUCUGUCACCGCUCCAGCUAAUGCAUGAGUGGGGUGGAUCGCGUGACAUCCUAUCUUCUCUCUCGUGCUUGCUCUGGUAAAAAGGAUGAAUAAAUAUGUAUAUUUUUAAAUUGA